AACAUAGGUAGAAAAAAAACAAACAACCGAACGUCAUUGAGGAGAAAUAUCAAUCAAUUUGUUAAAAAAAAUCAUAUUUGAAAAAUACUGAUAUAUACGUACAUAUAUAUAAUCGAGACCCAGUUAGUUCAUUUAUAAGUUCCUUCUUAGUUCAAAUAAAAGACACAAAAAAGCGACGAAGUAAUGCUUGCGAAAGUAAGCGACCAACCCAAAACAGACAAAAAGAAAUCAGUUCUCUCUGCACAAUGGAAAACAUCGAUGUGAAUUAUGGUCCCCAACACACAACUAGACACCAAGUUAUGGCCAAAUAUGUAACCGCACUAAAGCAACUACGUUCAUUUGCAGAAAAAAACUAUGAACUACGUCCUUUUGCUUUCGAUAACUAUGUACUCUAUCAAUACUUUUUUCAACAACGCAACAAUGCCGAUGGGGACUCCUCCGACACGUCGGGUGAUGGCGGAGUCAGCCUUAUGAGUUUUUCCCCCAUGAAUUAUCUUAAAAUGGAGUUGCUCAAUUUCAUCUUGGAUCGUCGAAGGCAGAUACUCUAUUAUUUGUUGUUUUUGCUACUAGCCCUACUCUGCUUCUUUGUCUAUCGUCAUGAGACAUCGGCCUCGGAACGUAGUGUCCAAAUUGUGUAUCCAGGAAUGCGUAUAUGGCGCCGCAUAACACUUCCCCUGCUACAGCGUUUUCCACGACUCACCGAAUUAUAUGAUGAGUCGUGCCUCAUGGGGAAUCCAUUUUUUCAAGUUGAUGACUUAAGUUGUUCGUCGUGUGCGCACGUUGAGGGGGUUAUGGAUUUAACAAAUUCUUUGGGUAAUGGUAGCAAUGAGAGUGAUGAGAAUGCCAGUGAUGUCGUCAAAGUGGAUGAUUCUUCGUUAAACAAACUGUUGCAUUCUGAGUAUGUGCCUUUUGUGUUUAAGAUUGACCAAAAACCCAUAGACCUUCAAGAUUUCCAUAAAAUAUAUGUGGACAAUCAUGAAAUCUUCCAGCGUGAUGCAUAUCGCGUUCAAUCAACAAAUCGUGAUGUCACCAAUCUUGAUGAACUAUUCAGCCAAUUUAAUCAGACUUUUAAACAUCAAACACACAAUUUAUGGCGCUGCAAUCGAAUGUUACCUGCACGUCUCUUACGAUCAUUUAUAUCACGUCCCACAAAGCUACCGAGUAGUUUAGCACUGGAGAGAUAUAUGGCAAUCGAUACGAAUAUGGCACCAUCCUAUACGCUGCCAGAUACAGAAUGCCCUCAUGUUUACAUACAACAAACUGUUGGUUCACGUUUCAUUAUCCUAAGACCUACGAGUGAAUGUCGACAUCGAUGUCGUACAUUGUCAAUGCGUUUGCCACAAUCAUAUGUGUUAAGCUACAACAGAUACUGGAAACCGAUCUCUGCCCCUGAUCCUGUAUCAGAUUCUAUGUCUAUUAGUCUUAUUGGAUCUUAUUGUUAGAGAGAAAUAAUUGCUAUAGCAUUGGUUAUUUCUAGCAGUGCCAGCUUGCAGCUUUUAACAUUUUCUAACAGAACUUUUCGUUUUUCUUUUUUUAAACAUUUUCAGUUUACACGUGUGUUCAAUUUCAAAUUUCCUCAAUUGGAAAUCUCACAAUCAGCAAUAUUUUUUUUUGCAAUGUUAAAAAAAACAGAAAAUUUGUAGGAACAACAUGCAGUAUUAGACUUGAAUUUCUAUGAAAUCUUUGAAGCCGUUAACCAGAACGGCAAGUACUUCGUUUUCAUGACAUCGUCAUUUGGAAUUUUUGAAACGUGUUACAACGAUGUAAAAAGGUCUCAUCUGCAUUUUAAGCUCAGUGACAAGUAUUACCUAUCUCAAUGACACGCAAGGAUAAUCAAUUGAACUAUACAUCGAAAUAACCAUAGUUGUCUUCCGAAUACACCACCAAGUACCAAUUGCAACAUUUUGAGUUCAACGCAACUGAACGACCUUGCUCCCCAGAGAGCAAGUAUAGCUGCCCGCAAAACUGAAAUAUUUAAGAAAACAUUUGGUUGGCUGAUUUACACACUUCGUUGCAUAAGAAGGGCCCUGACGGAAUAUCAUUGCUAAUGCUCAACCAUCUAGAAGACGGGGUCAAAUAUCUGACGGACACCACCAAUAUAUCGAUCCAUAACCUAGUAAUACCUGAGUUAUGGAAAAUGGGUCAGGUGGUUUUCAUUUUCAAACCAGAGAAAUAUUCCGUUUAAGGAGAGUCAUACAGUUCGAGUUUUCUUCUAUCUGAAGGUCACAAAGACACCUGAGGCGCUACUUAAAUUUGUCCCCACUUCCAGCUGAUAACCAACAUGGUCUGCUGGACGAAGAGUUUAAUUGUGAACUACAUUUGUGGUUGACAGUCAUACGUAGAGUUAAACAGGGACUUCCCCAGGGGUAUGUUCUCUCCCGGCUUCUAUUUAACUACUACAUCUCAAAGCACCCUCCUCCCAUACUGCAGUAAAGAUAAUAUCAAACAGGGAUAAAGGCUCUGUCCUUUCAAUGAGCUGGGGAACGUAUAAACAUUUAUCUCCAAGACCUAGCAGAAUUUAUUCAAAGUCGCUACUUGAAAAUCGAACCCAGGAUAUACAUAGCUACACUCUUCAUACUCCUGGACGAAACGGAUUUCAAUGAAGCUUGUAGUCAUAGUCGAUGGACAAAAAAUGGUGACCUACGGCAGCUUCUUCUAACCGUCAGAGCUCAUGCUACCACAGUCUGCGAUAAGGCCUACAUAAGAGAACCAAAAUCCACAAGUCUUUGGCUGGCAGCAUUUGGGGUAUGGACAAAUAGACAUUCACCCUUAAUCCCGUUGGCGAAGGCGAAAAUCGUCAGCAGUCGUAGUCGAAGGCGAAUGGCACAUUUCGUGGUAACUUAUUCGCCUUCGACAGUUUGAUAAUAGAAAAUAAUGUGGUAAAUAAAAAAAUAAUAGAAAAGUAGAUUCCAUACUGUUUCGACAAACAGGCCCAAUGUAGUUUAGAACGCAGUUAACUUAUAUAUCGACCUUUUUCGUCAAUUUCACAGUCGAAUUCGACUUACGUGAUACCAAAAUAUGAACGAAUUUUUGUCUUCGACAACCAUAAUAACAUUUUGUAAAAUUUUCGACAUUAUUAAUCGUCUAAAAAACAAUUGGCCGACCAGUAGUGAAUUAAACAGCGCCAAUGUGUACCGCAGGAGUGAGCUGUAGGCAGUGGAGAAACCUACAGACCCGUAGAAAAGCAGAUCUAAGUCGCAAAGCAGGAGCUUUAGACGACAAACAUGGACGCAAGAUCCUUAAAGUUAAAGACCGUAGUGAGCUUCUCUCUAAACCCCUUCCCAGGUAUCCCAGCAACAGCACAACACCGAUCCACUUACAACCUACUCAUAUCUAACGCUUCUGCAGGAUAUUCAUCAGGUUACUUUACCCUAGGCAACUUGAUCAAAUCAGACGAAUAUAUUGCUUGGCAGACUUUCACCACCCCUUACAGACGAUCAGAAUGAUCUUCCCAGAAAAAACAGAGCUUCUCUGGUUCAAUAAAGAUCCGGGUGAUGUAGCAACCGAAACUCAUUUCGCUCAAGGUUAUAUGAAACCAUUGCUAAAAUCUGCCCUGAAUGUAACGCAGCACCCCAUGACACCAAUCACCUAUAUGUAUGCUCGGAGAAACCAACUAGACUGCUAGAUUUGGAGAUCAGAAUGAUACUGCAAUGAAUCAAUGCGGCUACAACAACAACAUUUAGACACUCUGGAGAACUAAGGUUCAUUGUGCUUGUCAAUGGUGAAACAAUUAAAGGUGGUCUCAUUUGUAUAACAACCACAAUUCAUCCGCCAUCUUGCCGUCAGGCUGAUCAGCGUUUUGCCCACACACGCAAACAAAUUUGUGUGCGUAUGUGUAUACGUGUUCGUACAUGAGCAGAGUAUAUGUGAGAAAGAAGAUAACAACAAAGAGAAUGCAAACACAAGUCUGACAUCUUAAUACCGUCAAAGCCGGCCGGCUGUUUAUUGCUGAUCGCUUGAGACCACCUUUUUAAAUCCGCAUUGGUGCUUGUCCUAGAAAACUGUUUUAGAAAGCUCAGAAAACUAUAAAUAAAGUGUACUGGCAUGCGGUACAAAACAGUAGAUUGGAAAAGAGAAGGAAUCAUGCACGCAGGACAAUAAUGGGGACUACUUAGAACGGAAAAGAGUUCUCGUAGGCAAGUAUGCACUUCAAUAGCCCAGCAGGAUAAGAGGCCACCCUGCAACCCUUAGCAGCAGUCCAUGCUCUGUUUCCGUGUGGCCACUAUAGAAAGUUCACUGAUUCCAUGGCAUACUCAACAACGAUCCAUUGGAGAUUUUACAAUGCUGGCCAUCAACACUUGUCUUCUUCUUAGUUGGAUGCCAUUGGCCGUUUCAUCUACUGGCCCAACUCAGAAAAGAUUUCCAAUAGUAACGAAUUUUUGGGCCUCUACAAUUAAUGAGAUGUCUUUUUACACUUUCCAGUUUGUUUUUCAAUUGAAUUUUUUUCUGCGUUCAUCGUCAGUCAUGACAAUAAUGGGCACUACUUAGAACGGAAAAGAGUUCUCGUAGGCAAGUAUGCACUUCAGUAACCCAGCAUGAUAAGAGACCCCUUGUCACCCUGCAAGCCUAAGCAGCAGCCCAUGCUCUGUUUCCGUGGCCCUUAUAGAAAGCGUACCAAGAAGCUGUUACAGGUGUGAGUUCAUUGAUUCCAUAGCAUUCUCAACAUCGAUUCAUUGAGAGAUUUUACAAUGCUGGCCAUCAACUCCUGUCUUAUUCUUAGUAGGAUCCCACUGAACGUUUGAUUUAUUGGCUGAACUCAGAAAAGACUGGUCACUCUGUAAGCCUAAGCAGCAGCCCAUGCUCCGUUUCCAUGGCCAUUAUAGAAAGCGUACUAAGAAGCUAGCACAGGUGUGAGUUCACUGAUUCCAUAGCAUCCUCAACAGCGAUCCAUUGAGAUAUUUUACAAUGCUGGUCAUCAACUCUUGUCUUCUUCCUAGUUGGAUGCCACUGACUGUUUGAUGUAUUGGCCGAACUCAGAAAAGACUGGUCACCCUACAACCCUUAGCAGCAGCCCGUGCUCUGUUUCCGUGGCCAUGGCAUCCUCAACAGCGAUCCAUUGAUAGAUUUUGCAAUGCUGGUCAUCAACUCUUGUCUUCUUCUUAGUUGGAUGCCACUGAGCGUCUGACGUAUUGGCCAAAAUCAGAAAAAACUGGUCAACCUGCAACCCUCAGCACCAGCCCACGCUCUGUUUCCGUGGUCA